AAUGAUCCCAGUCAAGCAGAAGAGUAGUGGAGAGUCACACAAACUAAUGGGAAAAAUAAAUUAAAAUAGCAGGAAAUACAUAGACUGCUACACCCUGUGUGAAAAAGGAAUUACCUCAUACACAACUGGUUGAGCCGCCCUUGUGGCGGCAACUGCAAUCAAGCAUUGCCAAUACCUGGCGCAUCCACAUCGCUGUGGAGGAGUUUUGGCCCACUCUUCUCUACAGAAUUUUAAUCCAGCCAUGCUGGAGGGUUUGAGCAUGAACGGACUGUUUAACUUCUUUUUUUUUUUUUUUGUGGACUUGCUGGUGCGUUUUGAAUCAUUGUCCUGCUGCAGAACCCAAGUGCGCUUCAGCUUGAGGUCACCAACAGAUGGCCGGACAUUCUCCUUCAGGAUUUCUUGGUAGACAGCAGGAUUCAUGGUUCCAUUUACCACAGCAAGUCUUCCAGGUCCUGAAGCAGCCGUAGACCAUCACGCUACCGCCACCAUAUUUUACUGUUGCUGUGACGUUCCUUUUCUGAAACGCUGUUACUUCUACACAAGAUUAAUGGGACACACACACCUUCAUUUGAGGAGGAGAAAGCAGAAGGCAGCCAAAGAGAGGGCUGGCAUGGCAAAGCUCCCGGACCUGAAGGACGCUGAGGCGGUGCAGAAGUUCUUCCUGGAGGAGAUCCAACUGGGGGAGGAGCUGCUGGCUCAGGGAGACUAUGAGAAAGGUGUGGACCACCUGACCAACGCCAUCGCAGUGUGCGGUCAGCCUCAGCAGCUGCUGCAGGUGCUGCAGCAGACUCUGCCGCCGCCCGUCUUCCAGAUGCUGCUCACCAAACUGCCCAGCAUCAGCCAGCGGAUCGUGAACGCACAGAGUCUGAGCGAGGACGAUAUAGAAUGAGAGGGUCGACAGGAAACAACCCCAUCCUCCUCCCCCUCUUCAUCAUCCCCCCUCUUCCUCUCUACGACCUGCCAUCACUCCGGCCGACGUCCAUCACUUCCCAUCAAGGCGUACUGAAGGGAAUCAGUUUUCUAUCCCUGCUUCAGCCAGUGUUUGUUUCUAACUGAAGUUACCCGUUCUGGGGUAUUAAGGGUCUCUCGAGAAACACAAGCGCCUGUCCAUGUUCCCCCGCCAUCAGCUUUGUACUAAUUGACCGGACCGGUGGUUGUUGACGACGUGAAUCGGCUUCUUCCGCUCCAGGUUUCCACCGUGUCCGAACCGUCUUCGUGGUCGUUAUAUCACAAUAGGAAGUUAGAGGAAGCUUCUGUCGGCGCCGACGCUUCACAGUAUUUAUUGUUUUGUUAUCAGUCGUCUUUCUGUUUCGCUCUUGACCUGGAAACACUUUCGGAAAGUGAUGAAAUGUUCUGUUCGUCUUAAAGAGGACGGCCCUCUUUAGGACAAAAUAAAUAAAUAAGAAUGUGAAGAAAGUA